CACGGGAAAAGCAAAGGACGGCGGCGGAGGGAAAUCCCGGGCCGCUGUGUGACGUCGCCAUCAGCUGGUUCACAUGAGUGAAUGGAAGCGGAUGUAGGUGAUGUAUAGCAGCAGAGUCCUAUUACAGAGGAUCGACAUACACCUUCAUAACGCUGCCUGUGGAGAGACCCUUCGUACUUAGUACAGAUCUGAAGAGUCCUUUAAAAACUGACGUGUGAAUUAGGAAACCAAAGGAGCGUUUCCCAAAACAAGUUCAUCUACGCAGGAAGAUACAAGAAGUGAAACAUAUAGCUCCACAGAUUUUGGGAAUAUGACGUCGGGUUCAUCGAUGAUGAACGGGGAUAUCAGUCAUCCACGCGGAGCCCACGGGUCCAGUGCUGGGAAUGUGGGAAAUUUAGAGGAGACUCUCCAGCAAAUGAACACCCUGAUCAAGGAGAACAGAGAAUUGAAGGAGGCCCUGAAACAGACCAACUUGUCCAUGAGAGAGAGAUUUGAAAGCUUGUCUGCAUGGAAGGAGAAACAAAAGGAGGAGAGAGAUUUCCUGGAGAAACGACUAGAGGAGGCUAAAGGCAGACUGAACAAUGUGGACCUCGAGAAUGAGGCACUGAAGAAGCGAGUGCAGGAGCUGGAGAAGAGUGGAGCCGAGUGUUUACACUCUGAGCUGGAGGCAUUACGGGGUCAGAUUGCCAGACUUCAGGCUGAGAAGAAUGAUCUGGUAGCCUUGAACUCUGAACUCCAGCUGAAAAUGGGUCAAGGGUCACCCGAGGACUCCUUUAUCGAGAUCAGAAUAGCUGACAAUGAGUUGAAUGUGACCAGGGAUUUGCCUGGAACACCAAAGGACCUGUCCAUGUCUUACAUGCCAAAGGCUGAGUCAGAGGAACAGACUGUAAGGCAGCUGCUUCAGUCCCUCAGGAGAGAGACUGAUGAGAAGGAGAUGCUGCAACUCAAGCUGCAGGAGGCAUGGAUGAGGACAGCAGAGUUGGAGCACAAAGUGGAACAUGCCGAGAGCAGCGCACAGACGUCUCUCCCCUGUACAACUGAUAAAUCAAGCACUGAGGUGAAGGCUCUGAAAGAUCAAUUGAUGAAGCUCUGCAAUGAAUUGAAACAGGCUCAGAUCAAACUGGAUGAGGCCGAGAACAUGAAGAAAAACCUACAGGACAGGUGUAAAGACCUGGAGCAGGAUCUGCACACUCUGAAGACUCAGCUGGGAGAUAAACAGAAGGUCCAGGCUGAGAAUGAGACCCUGAAGGCUAAGAUGGAGAGUCUACAAGCGGCUAUCAAACUGGAACAGAAGAAAACUCAGGAUGAGAAGAAUAACCUGAACCAGCUUAAAGAUGCCUACACCAAACUUUUUGAGGACUACAAUGAACUCCAAGAGGAAAAGAAGAGAGAGAUGUUGAUUUUACCAGUAUCCCUCUCUGCCGUACGCGAUCAGGGGAGUGUACGAGAAGAGUACGAUGACCUCCAAACCAGGUUUGCUGCAGCUGAGAAAGCACUGGCAGACAAACAGCAGAAGAUUGAUGAGAUGAAAAUGGAGAUCUUUGAGAAGGAGAAGGAAAUGGAGACCAUCACUGUUUUCAAAGCUCAGGCAGAAAUAUACUCUUCAGAUUUCUAUGCAGAGCGAGCAGCUCGUGAGAAGAUUCAUGAGGAGAAAGAGCGUUUGGCCACCCAGCUGGAAUAUGUGAAGAAACAAAACAGCCAACUGCAGGAGGAGAUGGAGUCACUCGGCAGGCAGUCCUUGUGUGAGGUGCAAAGGAGACAUGUGUCCCAUGGGGCCAAUCCACAAGGGCCCACAUCACCCCAGGCCAGCAGAGGUGAUUGGCAUCAGCAGAAUAUUCCCGAUCAUGCUUGUCCAAAGUGUGGAGAAGUCCUGCCUGACUUAGACAGCCUUCAGAUCCACAUUAUGGACUGUAUCAUCUGAAGCUGUUGCCUAGCAACCACACAGGAUUCUACCCAUAUGUGAAUCAGUUGUUUGACAGCUUUAUUUUGAAGCACUAAGGAUAUGGCCACCCUAUAAACAUUAUGCUUAAAUUUCACUUAUUUUAAAAGAGGUUCCUAAAUUAUCAGUAACAUUCAUUAUCAGUAAUAUUCAGAAUAAUCUUGCCACAUGAUAUUGGUUAAAGAAGAGAAUAAGGGUGUAACAUGUAGUUUUGUUGCUGGCUGGUUGGACUUUCUCUAAAUAGACUCUUAAUAGCAGCAACAUUCUUUUAAGAUGCUUUAAGACAAACUAUAUGUAAAAUCCUAACAAAAGUAUAUUUAUGAUAUAAUGUUACAUAUAUGUUAUGCUGCAGUUUAAAGAUUUCUGUUUGUUUGGAUAAACUUUCAUGUUUCUGAGUGAAUCAUUUAUUUUUUAACUCAUUUAAGGUUGGAUUAUACAGAGAAGUAUGUCUUUUGCUCUCUAUGCCAUACAUGAAGGAUAGAUAUAUAUACAUGCACGCAAAUUUUUUACAUUUUGUUUAAUCUGUUGAACUUAAAGCACUUUAUCAUUAGCAUUGAUUAAAAGUUAGAUUUGGGGCAACUUUCAAUAUCACUGUGUCUAAUCAUGAACAACAGUGUAUAUGGAAUAUGCCUAAAUGUAAUAAAUACUUGUCUUAUGUUCAACUAAAAAUGUAUUUUCUUUGAAACAUGCUCUGAAGGACGUUAGUGCCCUCUUGUGGUGAACUGUGUGAGUAAUGUGGGUAAAGUUGAAAGGCUGUGCUAGUAAAGUAGUAGUACACCUGCAGAAGAUGACUUUAAAACUUUACAGCUUCAUUUUCUGUUACAGCAUAUAUUUCUGUAAAGCUGCUUUGAAACGAUGUGUGUACAAAUAAAAAUGACUUGACCUGCAGAAAUGCUGUUC